AUGACCACGGGGAGGGCAACGUAUAAAAAGAAGAGAGACUUUCUCAAAGUACAUGAAAGACUGAUCAACAGGUUAGACUAGACGUCCUCAGCGGAAUACAACAGAACCAAACAUUCUAGAACUAAGGACAGAGACAAACUGGAGAUCAACAUGCUUUUUAUCAGAUGCUUGGACACAAUUGUUUUGAUACUAUUUAUCUCCAGUUUGCGCACAGAUGCAAGGCCCAUGAGAAAAAGGUCCAUCAGUGAGGUGCAGCUCAUGCACAACAUGCAGGCGCACAAACAGGUGGGGGAGAGACAGGACUGGCUGCAGUCAAAGUUAAAGGAUAUACUUGCUGCCUCACACGCCAAAGCCCACCAUGGACGAUCAGGGAAAAUCAGUAAUCUCUAUCUUGAUGAUCUUAUGGGAACAAAUCUGGCCACCAGUUGAGCCCAUUCAAGGGGUUUGUCUUUUAUGAAGUCUUAGGCCACACAAGGAAAUACCUCCUACUAAAACUGUGCAUCUUACCAUGAAACUUAAUGAUUUAUAACAUAGGAGUCUGUUGAAGGUUAAUAUUUGAGGACUCCCACUAUGUAUUUAGGUAAUUUACCUAAAUGUUUCUAUUUUAUGUAUUUAUUGAUUGUAUUUAUGUCUGUAUUUUUUGUCUAUUUAUAUGAUUAUUUAUUAUCUUAUUUAUUGAGUUGAUAACUAUUUUUCAAGGGAUCUGAAUUAACACACAUGCCUGAAAAUAUGUUCUAUGGACACUGCAAGGACCAAAAAACAAAUCAAAACAUUCAGAACAGGUAGCUCAUAAAACAAUUAUAGAUGACCUCUUGCUCUUUUGUAACAACCACAUGUCUCAUGUUACAAUUUGUCGCCAUUGUUUCUUAUACUUUUUUAAUGUAUCACAAGUUUAGUUGUUGUAAAAGUUGUAAAAGCUUACAAAUGUUUUUAAAUGUGGGCCAAAUUUCCUAAUCAUAAAGUGAUUACUUUUUUAUGUAUCCCACCUUGAUAUUUUUUACUUAAGUAAUAAACAGAA